AUGUCGGCUCUAAGUUUCAUCAAGCGUGCUGGUCGCUCAAAGCCCAGCUCUCCGGCCGCACCCAUGCUCUCCCGUUCCACAGCAGCGGGAACCCCUUCCUCAUCCAGGUCCCCGGUAGUAGACACAGAUGCGACUACAGACCGCUACUCAUUUCCAUCCAACCCAUCCGCCAACCCCAAAGCUGUUGUCACCGGCGGGACCAAGGGCAGUUACUACCGCUUCACAAUACUGACCAGCAAACUCAUCCGCUACGAGUGGUCUCCGGAUGGCGGUUUCGAAGACCGCGUGUCCACAUUUGCAUUAUUCCGGAACUUUGACGCUCCGGCCUUCCGCACGGUCGACAAGGAGGACCGGUUAGAGAUCAUCACCGAUCAUUUUCAUUUGCAGUACGACAAGAAGAAGUUCUCGACCUAUGGUUUCUCAGUCAAAGUUGCCGAUGAUGUGUGGAGGUACGACGGCAAUAGCUAUGGCGAUCUAGGCGGUACAGCAAGGACAUUGGAUGGUGCUUGGGGAAGGGUGGAUCUGGACCCUGGUGUCCUCUCGCGCAGGGCUUAUGCCGUUCUCGAUGACAGCAAGUCCAUGCUGUUCGACGCUGAUGGAUGGAUCGCAACGAGGAAGCCGGGUCGGAUUGAUGGAUACAUCUUUGCCUACAAUGGAGAUCACAAGGCUGCUAUCAAGGACUUUUAUCGAUUGUCAGGCAGCCAGCCGGUCCUCCCGAGAUGGACCCUUGGCAACUGGUGGUCAAGAUACCAUGCAUACUCGGCCGAGGAGUACCUCGAGUUGAUGGAUCACUUCCAGAAAGAGGGAGUGCCACUCAGUGCCGCUGUUAUUGACAUGGACUGGCACAAAGUGCGCAUCCCUAGCAAGUACGGGUCUGGAUGGACAGGAUACAGCUGGAACAGGGACCUUUUCCCACAACCAGACAAGUUCCUCAAGCAGCUCCACGACCGCAGACUCAAGGUUACCGUCAAUGACCACCCGGCUGACGGCAUCCGUGCAUUCGAAGACCAGUACAAGGAGGUUGCAAAGGCCCUGAACCACGACACAUCUCGCGAGGAACCUAUCAGGUUCGAUUGCUGCAGUCGCAAGUUCAUGGAUGCCUACUUUGAUGUGCUCAAAGUUGGACUGGAGAAACAAGGUAUUGACUUUUGGUGGAUUGACUGGCAGCAGGGAACGCGCUCUCGGAUCCCCGGCGUUGACCCCCUUUGGGUACUCAACCACUAUCACUACCUCACCAGCCGAAGAAAUGUCAAAACAAUCGAGAAGCCCAUCACUUUUUCCCGUUAUGCUGGCGCCGGCUCCCACCGCUACCCUAUUGGCUUCUCCGGCGACACUCAGAUCAGCUGGGCGGGUCUCCAAUUUCAGCCCGAGUUCACGGCCACUGCCUCCAACAUUGGGUAUGGCUGGUGGUCUCACGACAUUGGUGGACAUUGGGGUGGGUGGCGCUCAAAUGAGCUCACCGUUCGUUGGGUCCAGCUUGGAGUCUUCUCGCCCAUCCUCCGUCUGCAUUCAUCCAAGUCACUCUGGAACAGCAAGGAGCCUUGGAGCUUCGAGUCCCAACCAGGUCAAAUAAUCAAGGACUUUUUGGUUCUGCGUCACCGACUCGUGCCUUACCUGUACACCAUGAACAUUCGUGCAGCAUUCGAUGCCGAGCCGCUGAUCCAGCCAAUGUACUGGAACCACCCACACACGGAAGAGGCCUACCACGUGCCCACUCAGUACUACUUCGGCCCUAAUCUGGUCGUUGCACCAAUCACGUCACCCGACGACGGUAUCACCCUGACCUCGUCUACCCGAGCUUGGCUCCCCGAAGGCCGAUACGUCUCCCUGUUUGCUCCCCACAUAGUCUACACUGGCAACCGACACAUCCAACUCCAUCGACCCCUCGAUCAAAUCCCCGUCCUCGCCAAAGAAGGCACAAUCAUUCCCUUGGACACCACCCCGACUGUUUCAAACGGCACCCCUCGCCCCGAAGAAAUCACGAUUCUCCUUGUCGUGGGCAAAGACGCCCACUUCAACCUCCUCGAAGAACCCCAUGCGUCUUCCCAUCACUACGAGAUUCCUCACGACGAUCCCCGCAAGAACUUCACCUCCACCCCUAUUGCCUGGAACCAAAAGGCAGGCCGGCUGACUAUUGGCCCCGAAAGGAACCCGCAUUCCCAAUACCACACCAGCCCUAACCGAUACUGGAAAGUGAGGCUCAUCGGGCACACUGCUACCGAGGCCAGCCUCAAGACGAGCGGGGCGGGGCAUUGGAAGGUUACCAAAGUCGACGGCUCCACGGAGAUCGACCUCGGCCCUGUCUUCCGCUCGGGUGCUACUGACUCUGCCGGUCAAGUAUUUGAGAUGUUUGUCGGCCACGAUCUACAACUCGAUGUUUUGGAUUUCAGGAAGCAGGCGUUUGAUCGGAUUCACAGGGCGGAGGGGUGGUAUGCGGAUAAGGAUAGGGUUUGGAACUGUGUUGCUGAUGCGAACAGUGGGAGUGUGCAGGAAAGGGUGGAGAGGUUGUAUCAUUUGGAUGGGGUGUAUGCUAGCUUGAAGAACUCGGUGAUGGAGGUUUGGGCGGCGGAUGAUAGGGCGGAGGGGACGGCGUUUGGGAGGGAGAUUUGGACUAGUGUCGCUGGGGUUGGGGAGGAGGAUUGGGAUGAUUAUGUUUUGGUUUAG